AUGGAAACUGCAAACAAGAUGCUUUCAGCUGGAACAUUUCAGAUACUGAAGCUGCCACUGGGUUUCAUCCGCCUGCUGGAAUGUAUAUUUGCCAUAUUUGCGUUCGCAACAUGUGGAGGAUACACUGGACAGCUGAGGGUUAGCGUGGACUGCAUCAACAAGACUGACAGCAAUCUCAGCAUCACCAUUCACUUCCAAUAUCCAUUCAGGUUGAAUCAAGUUUCCUUCGCCGUCCCUACAUGCGAAGGCAAACAGCAGGAGCAGCUCCACCUGAGCGGGGACUUCUCCUCCUCCGCCGAGUUCUUCAUCACCAUCGCUGUCUUCGCUUUCCUGUACUCGCUCUUCGCCACUGUGGUUUACAUCUUCUACCAGAACAAGUACCGCGAGAACAACCGCGGCCCUUUCAUCGACUUUGUAGUGACGGUUGUUUUCUCCUUCAUGUGGUUGGUGAGCUCAUCAGCCUGGGCCAAAGCUCUCUCAGACGUGAAGGUGGCCACGGAUCCUGACGAAGUUCUUCAGCUCAUGUCUGCAUGUAAAGUGCAAACCAACAAGUGUGGAUCUGUGUACGCGCCCAUCUGGUCCGGCCUCAACACCUCUGUGGUGUUUGGCUACCUGAACUUUGUUCUCUGGGCUGGAAACAUCUGGUUCGUGUUUAAAGAGACUGGCUGGCAUAAGGGCGCUGCUGCACGGUACCCAGCGCCCGCUGCAGAAAAACAAACCGCUGCGUACAACCAGCAAACCUACAACCAGGGCGGCCUCGAGCCGUCAGUAGGAGGCUUUGGGGGGACUGGAGAUUUUGGCCAAAUGGAGUACAGCCAGGUGGGAAGUUACCCUCCGAGUGGGCCGUCCUACUGA